CAGGACUCCCACUCUCCGGAGCAGCAGCGGGCGGCGAUCGCACGGCCUCGGGGUCGGAGGGCACAGGCUAUCUAUCACAAGCUCCUGAAGUUGGUCCAGAGAUCGGGUGCGCGCUGUCGGAAGGACGCCCGUGGGAGCGUGCAAUACCGGGACCCCGCUCCACGACCCCCCCCCACACUCCCUAAUGACCACGGGGAGGGGGGGCCAGCGGGCUCAGGGGGGCCAGAUUGCGAUCGCGAUGAGGCUUCGGAACCAGCUCCAGUCAGUGUACAAGAUGGACCCGCUACGGAACGAGGAGGAGGUCCGGGUGAAGAUCAAAGACCUGAAUGAACACAUCGUCUGCUGCCUGUGUGCCGGCUACUUCGUGGACGCCACCACCAUCACAGAGUGUCUCCACACCUUCUGUAAAAGUUGUAUUGUGAAGUACCUGCAGACCAGCAAGUACUGCCCCAUGUGCAACAUCAAGAUCCACGAGACGCAGCCGCUGCUCAACCUCAAGCUGGAUCGGGUCAUGCAGGACAUAGUCUAUAAACUGGUACCAGGCUUGCAAGACAGUGAAGAGAAACGGAUUCGGGAAUUCUAUCAGUCCCGAGGCUUGGACAGAGUCACCCAGCCCAGUGGGGAAGAGCCAGCCCUGAGCAACCUUGGCCUCCCUUUCAGCAGUUUUGACCACUCUAAAGCCCACUAUUACCGCUAUGAUGAACAGCUGAGCCUAUGCCUGGAGCGGCUAAGUUCUGGCAAAGACAAGAAUAAAAACGUCCUUCAGAACAAAUAUGUCCGAUGCUCUGUUAGAGCUGAGGUACGCCAUCUCCGAAGGGUUCUGUGUCACCGCCUAAUGCUAAAUCCACAACAUGUACAGCUCCUUUUUGACAAUGAGGUUCUCCCUGAUCACAUGACAAUGAAGCAGCUAUGGCUGUCCCGCUGGUUCGGCAAGGUAAGCCGGGUGCAAUGGGUUGAGGACCCUGCAGGUGCUAAUAGCCCACUCAUUUUUUCUUUCCCUUCUUUCCGUAGCCAUCUCCUUUGCUUUUACAAUACAGUGUGAAAGAGAAGAGGAGGUAGGGGCCAGACUUGCUUCCACCCCCUUCCCACCCCUCCCCAGAUAUUUAUGUGAAAUUAACUGUGGCUUUAUUUUUUGAAAUAAAAGCUUUUAA